AUGUCCUGGAAGUCACUGUUAUCCAAGAACAUCAAAGAGCUUCGCAUUCAGUUAUCUCCUGCUCAAACUUCUGCACCUGGAAGCAAUGGAAUUCGUGACUUUAUUCUCAGCAACUACAAAUCAAUCAAAGCCGCCAAUCCUCAUUUGCCUGUUUUGAUUAGAGAGGCUCCAGGCACUGAAGCUCGUGCCAUUGCCAGAUAUGCUUUUGGUGCCGAGCGUAUCAUCUCACUCGAAAACCUUACUGCUGCUCAAGUUGAAACUCAGUUUAAGCUGCUUGCAGAGACAAAACCAAGCUCUUCCGAGUUAUAG